CAGGUGCCGCCGCAGCCGCCCGCCCGCCCGCCAGUCCGCCCGUCCGGCCCUCUGCCGCCGCCCGCCACAUGCAGGCCGCCGCCGCCCUCCCCGAGGAGAUCCGUUGGCUCCUGGAAGAUACUGAAGAGUUCCUGGGUGAAGGUUUGCGGAAUGAGAACCUCAGUGCUGGUGCAAAGGACAACAGAGACCAUAUUCUGCGGGGCUUGCAGCAAAUCAAAGCUAGAUACUUUUGGAAUUUUCAGCCCCAAGGGGGAGACCAACCUGAAAAUUACCUUGGACAGGACAGCUCCGAUGAUAAUCACAGUGGAACUCAUGGCCCUUCUUUUACAUCAGAUGCACCUUUUUUGCCAGAUUAUCAGGAUGAGGGAAUGGAAGACAUUGAAAGAGGAGCUCAAGAGCUUGAUAAUAUCAUCAAGCAAGGAUACUUAGAGAAGAAAAGCAAAGAUCAUAGUUUCUUUGGAUCAGAGUGGCAGAAGCGAUGGUGUGUUGUCAGCAGAGGCCUCUUCUACUACUAUGCCAAUGAGAAAAGCAAGCAGCCCAAAGGGAUCUUCCUCAUUAAGGGCUACAGUGUACGGAUGGCCCCCUACCUGCGAAAAGAUUCCAAGAAAGAAUCCUGCUUUGAGCUGAUCUCCCAGGAUAGGCGCAGCUAUGAGUUUACAGCUUCUAGUCCAGCUGAAGCCAGAGACUGGGUGGAUCAAAUAGGUUUCUUGUUAAAGGACCUGAGCUCCUUAACCAUUCCGUAUGAAGAGGAGGAAGAGGAGGAGGAGGAAGAGGAGAAAGAGGAAGAAGAAGAGAUGUACGAUGAUAUCGAUGGUUUUGACUCCUCGAAUUCUGGUUCCCAAAGCAGACCCGUCCUCUUGCCUGGUAGCGUGGGGCUCAAAGAGGCUACGGAGGAGAAAGAAGAAGAUAUUUAUGAAAUCUUACCAGAUGAAGAGCGUGAUCUAGAAGAGGAUGAGAGUGGCACUCAACAAAAAGGAGUGGACUAUGCCAGUUAUUACCAGGGCCUGUGGGAUUGCCAUGGUGACCAGUCAGAUGAACUGUCUUUCCAACGAGGUGACCUCAUCCGAAUUCUGAGCAAGGAAUAUAGUAUGUAUGGCUGGUGGGUCGGAGAACUGAACAGCCUCAUUGGGAUUGUUCCAAAGGACUAUCUCACCACUGCCUUUGAAGUGGAAGAAAGAUGAAGCCCAGGACACACAUCCUUCUCUCUACCCUGCCUUUAUGAAGAAACGGAGAGCCCACUCCCUACCCCUGCCAGCCCACCACCACCACCACCUCUUCUCUUUAGAGAAGAGACCCAAGCCACUGACACCCCUGCACAGUGAACGUAAACCACCGUAAGACAAGUGAGAAGAGGCCUCUUCAGCCGACCUGUUACUAAACCUGCCUCCGCAUAGCUGAGCCAUUGCUAAAUGUGUCCACACACCCACCUCUGCCUUUUCCACAGGCUCGUCUCAGAGAAGGUGAGAGAGAAGGAAGCCUUUGGAG